UUUCUGACGGGCAGACGUAAAGCUGGUCUUUUUAAACGACCCGCAAAAUAAUCUGCUUUUUUUGUUAGCAUCGUUAAAUAAAACUGUGUGAAAAUGGUUGUUAAGAAGCCCAGGCCAAAGAAGAAGCCAGUGACCAAGAAGGUGGCCCCAGCCCCAUUGGCUGUGAAGAAGCCCGUGGUCAAGAAAGUUGUUAACCAGCUCUUCGAGAAGCGUCCCAAGAACUUUGGCAUUGGCCAAAAUGUUCAGCCCAAACGUGAUUUGUCGCGUUUUGUGCGUUGGCCCAAAUACAUUCGCGUUCAGCGCCAAAAGGCUGUGCUGCAGAAGCGUCUGAAGGUGCCGCCACCAAUUAACCAGUUCAGCCAGACCCUGGACAAGACGACAGCCGUCAAGCUAUUCAAGCUGCUGGAGAAAUAUCGUCCAGAGUCACCGCUGGCCAAGAAGCAGCGCCUAAAGAAACUGGCCGAGGCCAAGGCCAAGGGCAAGGAAGUGGAGCCCAAGAAGAAGCCCAGCUUCGUGUCGGCCGGCACCAAUACCGUCACCAAGCUCAUCGAGCAGAAGAAAGCUCAGCUGGUUGUCAUCGCUCACGAUGUCGAUCCUCUAGAGUUGGUGCUCUUCCUGCCCGCCUUGUGCCGCAAAAUGGGCGUACCAUAUUGCAUUGUGAAGGGCAAGGCACGUUUGGGACGUCUGGUGCGCCGCAAGACCUGCACCGCUCUGGCCCUGACCACCGUUGAGAACAACGACAAGGCCAACUUUGGCAAGGUGCUGGAGGCCGUUAAGACCAACUUCAAUGAGCGCCACGAGGAGAUCCGUCGUCACUGGGGCGGUGGUAUUCUCGGCUCGAAGAGUUUGGCUCGCAUCGCCAAGCUGGAGCGUGCCAAGGCUCGUGAAUUGGCCCAGAAGCAGGGUUAGGUUUAUCCAGAUGCACGCACCAACUAUUGUAUGCCUAAAAGCAAAUGGACGUCGAUUCAAGUAGAGAGUUGAUCCCAUACAACAACAACAACAACAAAUAAACAUUUAAGUGUACAAUUUUUAA